AUGGCUAACAAAUACAUUCCAUCUCUUCAUACAUUACCAACGGAAUAUAUUUAUCGAAUUUUGGAUUUUCUUGAUCCUCGUGACAUUCUCCUUUCGGUUCAGGAUGUUUCCACACGCCUUAAUACAAUUAUUCACACAUACCAUCGCUAUCAGAUCGUCUCUACAUAUAUUUUGAAUCGUCUUCGGUAUCCCCAUUUCAACACAAAAUUGAUAUUAACUCUUCAACUCUUGUAUCGCAAUAAAACAAUUACUACGCUCGUUAUUACUCAGAGAGAAUUUACUCUUGAAGAAGCAAAUCGUCUGGCCGUUCUUUUGAAAAUUAAUCAGACAAUCACUUCUUUACACCUUCACCACUAUGAAGUCAAUCGUGAAGGCAUGUACCAUUUUGCUGAUGCCCUGAAGAUAAAUAAGACAAUCACUGCAUUGAAGUUUUUUCAUUGGCGAUUGGAUUCUGAAACAGCACAUUAUCUUGCUGAUGCUCUAAGAGUCAGUCAGAUACUCAUUACUCUGUAUUUGUAUUAUACUUCUAUCGGUGACAAAGGUGUUUGUCAUAUUGCUGAUGCUCUGAAGAUCAAUAAGACACUUGUAACAUUGAAUCUUAAACACAAUGAAAUUGGCGAUGAGGGAGCGAUGGAUCUCGCUGAUGCUCUGAAGAUUAAUCAAACACUUUUGAGUCUCGACCUUCGAUACAACAAAAUUGAUGAUGCAGGAGGGUGUGACCUCGGUAAUGCCUUGAAGAUGAAUCAGACACUACAAACAAUGUUGAUACGCGAAAACUCGAUCAGUUAUUUACGAAAACGAACUAUUCGAUUCUUAUUGAAUAUCAAUCAAAUUAUGAGUAAACUACAACCGCAAAGCAAUCAGAUUGAUAAAAUAUCGGUAUCUCAGCUGAUCAACUCUUGGGAAACUACUCUGACAUUGAAUGCAGGAAAUCGAAAGCAUAGAAUUGCUGGCGAUGAUGAAGUUCGAUAUAUAGCGAGUAUCAUGAAGCCCAAUAAUACUGUCAAAAUACUUGAUCUGUGUGACAGUCAGAUUACCAAUGUCGGAAUUCGUCUUGUUUGUGAUAUUAUCAAGAAGUUAAAAAGUAUCAAUUCUUUGAUUCUGAACAACAAUCGGAUUGGUGCUCAAGGAGUUCAUUAUCUUACUAAUGCUCUGAUAACGAAUCAGACAAUUACCGUAUUGGAUCUUGGACAAAAUCAGAUUCGUGACGAUGGAGCAUUCCAUCUUGCUGAAUUUUUAAAGAUUAAUCAGAUUAUCACUAAAUUGAAUCUUUCACGAAAUCAAAUCAGUGAUAAAGGAGCACAUUGUCUUGCUGAUGCUCUAAAGAUUAAUCAAACACUCGUGAGUCUCGAUCUUUCCCUCAAUCGUAUUGGUGAUGAAGGAGAACGUGAUUUUGCUGAUGCUUUAACGAUAAAUAAAACAUUUGUCACUUUGAAUCUUCAGAACAACCGUCUUAGCACGGAAGAAGUGUUUCAACUUCAUAAUGUUCCAAAUAUAACCCAAGCAACGACCAGAUUGGAUCUCCGACGAAGAAAUAUCGAUGACAACCAAAUCUAUUUUCUUGCCAAUGUUCUGAAGUCCAAUCAUGUGAAGGAAGACUUACGUACACUAAACCUUGCAUGCAAUCAGAUUGGUGAUGUAGGUGUCAGUGAUGUUUGCGAUAUACUCAAAAUCUUCAAAACAACUGACACUUUACUUCUCGACAAGAACUGGAUCGGCAAUGAAGGAAUACAGCACCUUGCUAAUCUUCUGAAGACGAACCAUACUAUUACUACGUUGAAUAUUGGGGAGAAUAAGAUUGGUGAUGAAAGCGCAGAAUAUUUUGCGGUUGCUCUGAAGAUGAAUCAAACAAUCACUAAAUUGGAUCUCCGGCUCAAUCACAUUACCAAUACGGGCUUGCAACACAUAAGUGAAGCUCUCAAAAUUAAUCAUACAAUCACAGCAUUGUAUCUUCAAGAAAACGGGAAUCGGCAACUUCAGCACGGGAAAGAUCAGCACGGAAAGAUGAGCACGGAAUAA